AGCCGGAGGCCCCGCCCUUUCUGCGGUGACGAAGGCAGCGCAGCUGCGCGCGCACUCUCUCACACCAAGAUGGCCGAGUCAGGAGCAUCUGUGAAAAAAAAGAGAGUGAAGAAAGUCUGCGACGAUGAAGUUGGGGAGAUACAGCAGACCGCAGACUUCCUCAUCCGACCAGAGUCCAAGGCUGCCUCCCUUGAUACGUCUCAGUGGCCGCUUUUGUUAAAGAACUUCCACAAACUCAACAUCCGGACAGCUCACUACACGCCACUGCCCAAUGGAAGCAACCCUCUGAAGAGGAACAUCAGCGACUAUGUGAGGUCCGGUUUCAUCAACCUUGAUAAGCCUGCCAACCCGUCAUCUCAUGAAGUGGUGGCCUGGAUCCGUAGAAUCUUGCGGGUGGAAAAAACUGGUCACAGUGGGACGCUGGACCCCAAAGUCACAGGCUGUCUGAUAGUCUGUAUCGAUAGAGCCACACGUCUGGUCAAGUCCCAGCAGAGCGCCGGUAAAGAGUAUGUGGGAAUUGUGCGGCUGCACAAUGCUAUUGAGAACGAACAUGUUCUGGCCCGGGCGCUGGAGACACUGACAGGGGCACUGUUUCAGCGUCCUCCGCUGAUAGCAGCUGUCAAACGUCAGCUGAGGGUCCGGACGAUCUACGAGAGCAAGCUAGUGGAGUAUGACCCCGAGAGGAGGCUGGGUAUCUUCUGGGUCAGCUGUGAGGCAGGAACUUACAUCAGGACUCUAUGUGUCCACCUGGGCCUGUUACUUGGAGUGGGGGGGCAGAUGCAGGAGCUUAGGAGGGUGCGGUCUGGAGUGCUGGGUGAGAAGGACAACAUGGUGACGAUGCACGACGUCCUGGAUGCUCAGUGGCAGUACGACCACAACAAGGAUGAGUCGUACCUGCGGAGGGCCAUCUUCCCUCUGGAGAAGCUGUUGGUGUCCCACCGACGGCUGGUUAUGAAAGACAGCGCGGUCAACGCCAUUUGCUACGGAGCAAAGAUCAUGCUGCCAGGUGUGCUCAGGUAUGAGGAUGGCAUUGAGGUCAACCAGGACAUUGUCGUCAUAACAACCAAAGGAGAGGCUAUAUGCACAGCUGUGGCUCUGAUGACCACAGCUGUCAUCUCCACCUGUGAUCAUGGCGUGGUUGCCAAAAUCAAGAGGGUCAUCAUGGAGCGAGACACGUAUCCUCGGAAGUGGGGUCUGGGACCAAAGGCCAGUCAGAAGAAGAUGAUGAUCCAGAAGGGACUCCUAGACAAACACGGGAAACCAAAUGGCAGCACACCACAGGACUGGAGGGAUCAGUACGUGGAUUACAGAGUCUCCACGGCGACACAGUCAGCCGACGCUUCAGUAAAGAGGAAACGGGAGGCGACUGAGAGCGACGGAGAGACAACACAGCCCGGGACACCUGCUGAAGUGAAAAAAGAGAAGAAGAAAAAGAAAGAGAAGAGACUGAAAACUGAGGAGGGGCCAGAUGAGUUGGGGGAGGAGCCUGGAACACAGGAUGUGGACAGCGUGAAGAAGAAGAAGAAGAAGAAGAAACAAAAAGAUCAGGAGUCGGAGUAAGGUUAGCAGGUGUUUAGCUACAUGCAGCAGUUUCUCCUGUCUCACCUGGAAGCGAUGACUGAAAACACCUGGAGGAGGAUGAGUCUCACGUGGUUGUGGGACAUGAAGGUUGUGAUGUCAGUUGAAAGUGUGUUGAUGCUUCGACUCAGCCAUCUGAAGCGCUACCUCAUCCGUCUCUUCUCUACUGACAUCCUCACUGGGCUACACUGCUGGAAGAGAAUUGACCUGAGCAACGGGAACCUCAUCUCCUUCAUGGACACCUGAACACAAAGCAUUCUGGGACUGCAUUCUGGCAGCAGGAAGAGGAUGAGUUUUUGUAUAAAUGUAACCUGGGUUCUUAAUUGUAAAUAUUUAACAUUUUUUUAUUCCAGUAUAAAACUUUUUCUGUAUUUGAAUUAUUUUUGAAGUUGUUGGAUUAAACGCCACACCCCCAAUUA